UAGAACGCACGUAUUACAUUCCCGAAUAACUUUUCGUUAUUUACAUUUACGAUAAGAAAUAAGUGAAAUAUAUUGUUAUACGAUAAAUAUUAAUGUUCGUGUGAUGUGAACCUUUGGAUUGAACUCUCAAUGCCCGUACUAGCAAAACCAGCUAUGUGGUCGAGGAAGCAGUCGGUCUGCAGUGCGGUGAGCGGCCUCUCCAGAGGGGAGGACCAGGGUAUAGCUGGGGAGCUGUAUCCAUUCGCUAUUGCACUGCGAGUGCGGGUAUUACAGAUUGUAUGCGGUAUAGGAGGCCUAGUUGUGGGUGCUGUGGGCUGGUUGGAAGAGAAACAAAGACCAGUCCUGGGGCUUGGUGUUCCUGCUGGGGCAAUUACGGUGCUUGCUGCUGCACUAUCGGUGUACUACAGCCGAGGUUUCGGAGGUUGGGUCUCUGCUCGCACUCAAACCUCAAGAUCCUGGGGAUCACCUUGGAGAGUUCUGGGCCCUUCACCGUGCGCAGCAGUUCCCUUGACUAUAUUAUGGAUAGCUGCUACAGGAGCUCAUGUAGCCAUGUUCACGUUUUGUGUACGAUCGCUCAUGAAUCUUGGGUGCGGUACAAGAACAUGUAUAGGUGUAGCUGUAGCUCAACUGACCUUCUCCAUAACUACAUUAGCUACAGUAGUCUACAUGGUGCACCUAGAUUUGAGGUUUGACGCGGCGCUGUCCCCGCCCCGACAAAAUGAUGGACAGACCUGUACAGCAGUGUCUAUGGUUCCAUUGACGUCGAUUGCGGUUAACAGUGGGUAUAGUGGGGAAGGUGCGCCUGAUAGCAGUCCUCUCAAUAAGGAAAAAGAUCCGCAGCCUCCGGAACCGCCUACUUGAUGUAGAAAUACUGCCCAAGUAUAGAAAAGUGUACAGUUAACCUAUAAUUUUUAUCUUUAUAUGACAGUCUGUUUUAUAAUCGAUGUUCAUGGGGACAGAUUAUAAAAAAUAAAGAUUUGUCAAGAGAAAUUGUGACAAUUCACUCGAAACCGUUGGAAUAAGUUAUAGGUCAACAUGAUCUAAUAUUUUGUAAGAUUUUAUAUGGACGUCACUUCAUAAUUCAAUGAUGUUUAAAUGAACAAAUUUUGGUUAUGUGUAAAAUAUUUCUAACACUUUUAAUAGAUAUAUAUCUAAAUAAUAAAGAUUAUUAGU